AAAGACUUCUAUCCAGGCCAUAAACUCCAAUAAAAAAAUAUUUUGACAAUAAUUGAUAAUGACAAAUUGUCAAUGUGUCAGUCUUCAUCGCUUUAAUUAAUCCGCAAACUGAAUAAUAUUUACUUUCCCAUGUUACUAGCGAAUAAUAUUAUGUAGAUUUUAGUGUAUUGUUUAAAAAAGUGCAUUGAGCAGGACUGAAUAUUCUGAAUAAAUAUUCGAGUAAAUCCGAAACCAUGUCUACUCAUCUUAAAACAACAGUAGAAGAUUCCGGUGUUUACGAUUUGUUAACCGAAUUAUGUACCAAAACGGCUGCUAAAUACUGCAAUCAGAAUAGAUUAUCACAAAAGCGACUAAUGGCUAAGAUGCGAUCGAAUGCUUAUGAGAUUAUACUAAAGAAAUCUAGUAGAGAUUUUUCGUCACCAAAAGGCGAGCCAAUAGUGGACUUGUUGUCGUAUUACUUUAUGUCUCAACAAAAUGCACGAAAUGUCGCCGAGUACAAAAGAGCAGUGGAGCUGAAGCAAAUAAUAAGCACAAUUCGCCAAACAGAUUUUGGUGAAAAUAAAGAAGUUAUUUAUAACAUACUGCGGUUCCUAAUAGGACUCAGUAAUGCAGUCAAAGAAGAUUUAUCAGCAGAAAUGUUCCAGAAUCCAUUUACAUAUGGCCUCUUUUAUGAAAUGCUGCCUAAACCAAAGAGGGAGGCAUUUGGGUCACCACAACCCUACCCAUAUUAUCCAUCACAUGUAUUUGAGUUGCCAUUCUCCUUGAAGAAACUAGCUGAUAAGCAGUUUUUGGAAAGCCAGAAAUCUCAGACAUACACUGAAUAUACUGUGGAGAGUUUUGAUUCUAGAUCAUUUUUACCUAAGUCAAACAAUGCAAAUGUUCCUGGCCAAGAAGAGUUAAAAACCUUUUUAAGUCCAAUGUCACUGGCAUCAUUGACAUCAACCCAUUUGUCUCCAUAUCCUGAAAGCACCAUGUUGAACUACCCAAGGUUGACAGGACCUAGAGAUCUGGAAAUACCUGGUUCCCAGUCCAAUGAUGUUAAUGUAAAAAUAUCAUUGCCAACUACUAAGUCUGAUGUGAAGGAAGUAUUCAGAGCUAAGACAGCUGAUGAUUCAAUUGAUGUGUGGGAAUUAGCUACUCAUAUUGAUAAGGAUAUACCAGAUAAUAUCUGGGAGAUUGUUGCUAAAUUGCCAUUGAUUCAUGAGAGACAGCUGCUGGCAUCAUCUUUAAGAGAACUUGGGUUAUGGAGAGAGACUUAUGGCAGUCAUUUGUCAGAUCUAAAUGUUAUAUCAGAGAAACAGUUUAUCAGACAUAUCAUGUAUUUAGUUAUUGGUGUUGAAACAAGAUCGUUCCCAUACAGUCAAGAGACGAAUAGUUUCUAUAUGAGAGAGAAUCUGAUACUGGAAUGCAUAUCGAAAGAACAUAUCAGAGGUUAUGUCGCCGAGUUGUUAUUGGUCGGGACUUAUUACAAACGGUUAUACAAGUUCGCCUUCAAUGAGAGUUUGGAAGAUCAUUUCCAUAGCAAUGGACUGGUUUAUGAGGCUGCUAGAGAAGUAAUACGAAGGUAUCUAUUAGACUUUCGGUUGAAGGCUACAGAGAUCUAUAAAGAGUCAUGUAAGAACAGCGAGGAAGACUUGAAUACUAUGCCGACAUUACUACAAAUACUGCAUCACAUGGAGCCACUCAAAUAUGAGAUUAAGACAAUUGCUUCAAUAUACAAAGUCGUUAAUAAUGAUCCUAAAGCUACAAUAUCGCACGGAGCAGAACUAAUGUCGUAUCUAUUUAACGAAAUAUCACUAAUUACACACAAACAGACAACGUUCACAAUGUUCAACUCACUCUAUUCUAUCUGCAAGGUUUAUUUCAAAUUUAUCGAGAGAUUUAUAUUUGAAGGUGAAUUAGAUGAUAGAUAUAACGAGUUUUUCAUAAGAAAAGACGGUCAGUACGUCAAUAAUCGUUCUAAAAGGUAUUGGGACAAAGGAUUUCAUAUAACACAAAGUGUGGCUAUACCAGAGUUCUUGAAACCAUUGGCCAAGUUUAUAUUACUGUGUGGAAAGUCACUGAGGUUGCUGAAACUGUGUAAUCCUAGUGAUCCUCUAGUCCUUCUAAUAUCUUCAGAUCAUCCGUCAGUAAAGUGUUGUGCCAGUUUCGAAGAACUGGAGAGACAGCAGCAAGUCCUCGACGUGUAUAGGACGCGGUGUCUCUUCGUCAGCGGAGAAUUGGUCACGUUUGAUCAAAUACUCUUAAAAAGGGAGGCAGAAAGAAAGGCCUUCACUGAAAUGGCGUCCUUAAAACAAGCUGAAACUAUGGAGAAGAUUGUUGCUGAACGCAAAAGACUAGCACAAUUAAUAAUAGCUGAAAAACAGCACUCAUUAAGAGUCCUUGAAGCGGCUAUGGCUGAGGCUAAGGCCGCUAAAAGUAAAGCUAAACAACGCGAAAGAAAGCGGCAUGAAUUGGAACAUGCAGCUGAAAAGGCAAGCGAAGAGGUCGAUUCGCGACUUAGAGAUGAUGAAAAGAACAAAAUAAUGGAGUAUUACUCAAAAUUAAACAUGGAGGUGGAAAAGAGUAAAAUACACACAGAAUGGAAAAUAAAGCGUUUACAGUUGGACCAGAGUAGAAUUCAAUUACUUUCGACUGAAGAGAGAAACUUGAAAAGAGAGAAGUUGGAACUAGAACAUCAGAAAAAUGAAGAAGUAAUGGCAAUGUCGAUACAAAGCGACAUGUUGAGGUCAGAUGAUGAAUUAGAUAAUAAAGAAGAUAAUGUAGAAGCAAAUGCUGAAGGUGCCCCCAUGGAGGGAGAAAUGACAGCAUCAGUGAUGUCAACUACCACUGAACCAGAUAAUCCAGAAGAAGCUGAGCUUUCCGAGUACGAUAAUAACAAGGCCAAAGCACAAACAUCCUCAGCAGUAUUCAGCGCAAUCUGCAACGCAGCCAAAAAUUUCUUUGGAGUAUCGAAGACCAAUAAUGAGAUCUGUGACAAUAGUAAAGAAUUGGAUGCUCAAGGCAAUAUAGUUAAACCAGUAAUUGAGACAAUAGUAAACGCACAUCCGCUACACUCGCAAUCUUCCUGCGAAAUUGGAAGCAAACUAGAUGAUGCAUAUGAUAACAAACAAUAUCAGAAAAGUAGACAGGAAGCGUUGAUGAAUAAACAAAAGAUUAUGGCUCAUGAAUUUGGACAAACAGACAAUGAAAAUAAUCAGGUUAAGGACCCACCACUGAUAAACAUAGCGUCGAUAGAUGAAGAAAAUAAUUUGCAAGAAUGGACUCCCUUUGCAGAAGCCAAACGUAAUAAGAUGAAGGUGUUGAGUGCAGAAUUGGAAAUGAUUAAACCAAUCGAGAAGGUCGUGGUUCCAGAGCCAAAGACGGAAGCGCAGAAACAAGCACUAAUCAAUAAACAAAAAGUUUUGGGAGUGGAAUACAAUCUUCCCAUAGAAGUCGCAGCUAAAAAGGAACCAGCCAAUGAGGCUCAAGAAGAGGCAGUUCGCAAUAAGAAAAAGAUUUUAAACUCUGAUAACGACAUGCUCAGUUCUAGUGCUGGUGGCCAUAAAAGGGACAACGCUAAACGGUCGGGGCUCACAUUAAAUUUGAAGCCAUAUGGUGAAGCGUCGUCAAGUACUUUUAAGCUAGGUGUUACACCAAAUGCAGGACCUGUUACGCCGGGGGAAUAUUUUCCUAGGCUUGAUUUAGAAACACCCACGACGGCUGAUGUUCCUCUUGAAAGCGUGAUGACAUCAGAUAUAUUUACACCCAGAAGCGAGGCGAGUAAGGAUCUAGAUUUGAAACCCCAAAAUAAAGAGUUUCUAAGUUCGGACGGAUUCAAUUUCCCAAUUAUAGUCGACGAUGAAAAUAUUGAAUCAGAAGUAACUAGUGACGUACAAACUGGUGACACUCCUGACUGUUCUCCAUUGAAAUCUUCAGAUAUGCCAUUAAAGAAUAUGGAACCAAAAUAUUCGUUCUUCAACAUAUUAGAUGGAUCUUACACUCUGGACGAAUUUGAUCCUUUUGGUGUAAAGAAAUUGAGUGCAUUUUCAAAAGAUCAUUUCACAACAAAAAUGAAUCUGGAAAUGUCAAAUUCUUGUUACACUCAUCCAGCUUUAAUAAUGGAAGAAGUGAAGAAACGUCCCUACAAUAAUAUAUUUGCGUCACAUUUUGUCUCUGAUGAAGAGGAACAAAAGAAGAUAACUUGUGACAAUAUAGCAACACUAACAGCUUGCUUACAAAGAUCUGUAAUGUUGCCAUUAACAUACCAGUUAGAAGUUGUAAACAACUCUAUUUUAACAUACUUCCUAGUGAACUUGGAUAUGUACGAACAUUUGAGGAGUUUGAAGGACUUUUUCUUUUUAAUGGAUGGGGAAUUUUCUAGAAGUAUUUGUCAUAAUUUGUUUACGAAAUUGGUGAAGACGUUGAAUCCUCAGGAGUUGUUGAAUUUCGGUACUUUGCACAGUAUACUGGACAAGGCUCUCGGGUCCUCUAUUUCACAUGUACACAAAUUCUCAGAGAACCUAUCGUUCACGAUCACGGAGUCCCCUCUAAGCUUCCAGCACAGUUCUCCCGAUGUAUUACAAUGUCUGUCCCUGACUUACAUAGUCAGUUGGCCCCUGAACAUCAUAUUGUCGCAAGAAGCCUUACUUAGAUACGCCAAAGUGUUCCAGUUUCUGAUCAAAAUGAGACGAAUAUUUUGGGUCUUAGGGGAGAAUUUUGAAUCUUUAAAAUUAUCAGCCAAACUAUCAAGACAGCACUCGAGAAAACUUCUCAGAUCACCCCAGUACAUUUCAGUGCAGAUAUACCGACAUAUGAUGGCUUCCCUGAUCCGAGCUCUAGACAACUACAUAGUUACAACGUGCAUUCUAUCAUCUUGGACAGAAUUCGAAAACGAUCUGAAGAAAGCUCGCACUCUAGAUGACUUGUACGAAUGUCACGUGGUUUAUAUAAAAAAAGUAUUAUUCCGAUGCCUUCUGAACAACAGAUCGACGCCUGUAAUGAAGCUCCUAAAUGACAUCUUCACUGUUAUUUUAAAAUUCAGUCGAGUUUUGAAGGCUGGCGAAUGGCAGCAAAAAGAACCAGAAGGACCGUUCACACACUCAAACUUCCCACAGCUAGAAGAACUCUUCAAUUUGUUCGAGAAACUUGCCAAAUACUUGCACAAAGUAGUCGCGAAGCUGAUGGAAUGUGGAUACCAAAGGCAUCUGGUGGAAUUGCUGACCAUGAUCAACUUGAACGGGUACUACGAUCCUGAUAAAUCAAAAGAACAUAAUACUACUGUGCAGUCGACAACGUGAAAAUUUGGAGAAAAUGUGAUAAGU